AGGCUGCUGCUGUGGGCUCUAGCAGCCAAACAGCUCCCAGGCAAAGAAGACAUUAAUCAUCCAUCCAUCCAUCCAUCAUCCAUUGAUACGAGCAACAAGACCUCAUAGAGAAUCAUGCAUCUGUCCUGUUUCCUCCUCCUCAUCCUAAACCUGCAGCUGUUCAGCACAUACCCCAUCAGCACAGGCCUCACCGACACUGACAUGGACAUCUUAAAGGUGCUCCUUCACAGAUUGGAGGAGUCAGUUCCUAAUGUGGACCAGAGCGUCCCUACAAGGAAGGACAGUCUGGACAUUCUGAACAUGGAUGAGGCAGCAGAUGAACAGCAGCCUCAAACAAGACUGGAUGAAGAAGUGAUCAGGAAGUUUUUCUCAGUGAAGAAUCUCAAGAACGUCCGCGAUGACUCGUCCAGGAGGUCCUCAGGGUGCUUCGAGCGACGGAUGGACAGAAUUGGCUCCAGGAGCUACCUGGGGUGCAACACUGUUGGCAAUCCAAAGUGAAGAUGAAGUUCAUCGGAAUUCAGGAACUGCUUCGUCUCAACAAAAUAUAUUUUUAUUUGAAUGCUAUUUAUUUACUCAUAUUUAUUGAACAUUGAUGGUGGCUUAUACAUGCAUUUGUGGGACUGUUCUUUCUGUACUGUUGAAUGUUUUAAUAAAUGUUUACAACUAC